UCCCUCUCCGUCAACUCUAACGGCCAUGACAGCCGCCGCAACUGAAACCGACGUCUCACUCCGUCGCAGAUCUAACUCUCUUAACGGAAACAACACUAACGGCGUCGCCAUUGACGGAACCCUAGACAACAACAAUCGUCGCAUCGGAGAUACAAAUACUCAAAUGGAGAUCACUGCUAAGAAAACUGACAACGGCUACGCCAACGGUGUCGGAGGAGGAGGAUGGAGAAGCAAAGCGUCGUUCAUGACGUGGACGGCGCGUGACGUUGUGUACGUGGCGAGAUACCAUUGGAUACCUUGCAUGUUCGCUGCCGGACUUUUGUUCUUCAUGGGCGUGGAGUACACGCUUCAGAUGAUUCCCGCGAGAUCUGAGCCGUUCGAUCUUGGAUUUGUGGUCACGCGCUCUUUGAAUCGCGUGUUAGCAUCUUCACCGGAUCUUAACACUGUUUUAGCCGCACUAAACACGGUGUUCGUAGGGAUGCAAACAACGUAUAUUGUAUGGACAUGGUUAGUGGAAGGACGAGCAAGAGCCACCAUCUCGGCUUUAUUCAUGUUCACGUGUCGCGGCAUUCUCGGUUACUCUACUCAGCUUCCUCUCCCUCAGGAUUUUCUAGGAUCAGGAGUUGAUUUUCCGGUGGGAAAUGUCUCUUUCUUCCUCUUCUUCUCUGGCCAUGUUGCCGGCUCGAUGAUCGCAUCGUUGGACAUGAGAAGAAUGCAGAGGUUGAGACUUGCGAUAAUUUUUGACAUCCUCAAUGUAUUACAGUCGAUCAGGCUGCUCGGUACGAGAGGACAUUACACGAUCGAUCUUGCGGUUGGAGUAGGCGCUGGGAUUCUCUUUGACUCAUUGGCCGGGAAGUACGAAGAGAUGAUGAGCAAGAGACACUUAGGCACUGGUUUUAGUUUGAUUUCGAAAGAAUCUCUAGUCAAUUAAAUUUGUUUUCUAUCAGAAUGUUUAGAUGAACACAUUUAGUUGAGUUGAAUUUAGUCUAAUGACUUAUUUGUUUCUUCUUUUAUAUGGUUCUAAUUUAAUGCCGGUCGUUGAACCUAAUUAAAUGUUAAGGGAUUCU